AUGAAGGAAAAAUCCAAAACGGCCGCACGGACUAGACGGGAAAAGGAGAACAGCGAGUUCUACGAGCUGGCCAAGAUGCUGCCGCUGCCGUCGGCCAUCACGUCACAGCUGGACAAAGCGUCCAUCAUCAGACUGACCACUAGCUACCUGAAGAUGAGGAUCGUCUUCCCGCAGGGUUUGGGCGAAGCUUGGGGUCACCGAUCGAGAUCGCUGGAUAAUAUCGGACGAGAGCUGGGGUCGCACUUGCUACAGACGUUGGACGGGUUCAUCUUCGUCGUAGCCCCGGACGGGAAGAUCAUGUACAUCUCUGAAACGGCAUCGGUCCAUUUAGGAUUGUCUCAGGUAGAGUUGACCGGGAACAGUAUUUACGAAUAUGUUCACCCUGCGGACCACGAUGAGAUGACGGCGGUUCUGACGCCACACCAGCCCUAUCACUCCCAUUUUGUGCAAGAAUAUGAAGUGGAGCGCUCCUUCUUCCUGAGGAUGAAGUGUGUGCUGGCUAAACGGAAUGCAGGCCUGACCAGUGGGGGAUAUAAGGUGAUCCACUGCAGCGGCUACUUAAAGAUCCGCCAGUACAAUUUGGAAAUGUCCCCCUUCGAGGGGUGCUACCAGAACGUGGGCCUGGUCGCCGUGGGACACUCCCUCCCCCCCAGCGCGGUGACCGAGAUCAAACUGCACAGCAACAUGUUCAUGUUCAGAGCCAGUCUGGACAUGAAGCUCAUCUUCCUGGACUCCAGGGUUGCGGAACUGACGGGUUACGAGCCGCAGGAUUUGAUUGAGAAAACUCUGUACCAUCAUGUCCACAGCUGUGACAUCUUCCACCUCCGCUGUGCACACCAUCUCUUGCUGGUCAAAGGUCAAGUCACAACCAAGUAUUACCGCUUCCUGGCGAAACAUGGCGGCUGGGUCUGGGUCCAAAGUUACGCCACCAUCGUCCACAACAGUCGAUCGUCGAGACCCCACUGCAUCGUCAGCGUCAACUACGUCCUCACGGAAACGGAGUAUAAGGGAAUGCAGCUGUCGUUGGACCAGAUGAGUCCCACAAAGCCAGCGUUCCCCUACGCUGACAGCCACAGCGAGGACAGGAAGAGCGCCAAGUCACGCCUGAACCAGACGAAGGCCAAAGCCAGAGUGUCGCCAUACCCACAGUUUUCAGCGUUUAAUCCAGAGCGCUCUGAGUCAGACCAAGACAGCCAAUGGGGAGGAAGCCCGCUAACCGAGUCGGCUUCACCGCAGCAGCUGGAUCCUACCGAAGCCACAGAGGCAUCCUGCGCCUACCGACUGUAUCCCGACUCCAGCUCACUGUGCUACGGUCUGGGUCUGUCCGAGGAGGAUCUCGCUCAUGCCCAAGCCCACUCACAUACAGCUACCUGCGACCGCGUCCGGUGCCAGGGUGGGCGCUACUUCCUGGGAACCCCCCAGUCGGGGAGAGAGGUGUGGUGGGAUGCCACACGCUCAGUGCUAUCUCUCCCUAAAUGCUCUGUGGAAAACAGCGAAGGCUACGGAAUCACGUCGUACCACGGAGCCAUUCACGGGCGAGGUCACUGGGAUGAGGAGAGCGUUGUGAGCUCACCUGAUGGCGGAGGGUCCACUAGCGACUCUGGCGAGCGUUACCACGGCGACCACUACCGGGCGAGUCCUCGAGAGCCGAGUAAGAUGGAGACCCUUAUCCGUGCCACGCAGCAGAUGAUAAAAGAGGAGGAGACGCGGCUGCAGCAGCACAAGCCAGCCCUGGAUAUCUCCAGCCUCGCCAAGGCACACAGCCCGUGUUUCCCCUCCCCUCUGACCCAUCACUCCCAGCUGAGCAUGCCCAGUGUGGUGUGUCGCGGUCCAGGAGCCCCCAGCAUCGACCUGCCCUCGGAACGCCUCCAUCAUCGGCAGGGAGUCAAAGUGCAGGGCCCCCAUGACAAUGACGAAAACACGUCCAGCCCUACAUCAAUGUCUCGUUUGAGCAGCCCCAGCUCUGACGGGAUGCUGCGGUCAGGCCUCUCGCUCACGAAAGACUACAUGCAGCCAGACUUGUCCCCUCACCCGCCCCAGUCCCAGGGGAGCCCUCUGUUCUAUUCAGCCCCAGAGAGGUCUUUGGACAGACAGGCAGCAUAUGCUUUGACUGGCUACUCCCUGGAACACCUCUACGACCCAGAGAGUCUGCGGAGUUACUCGGGUCUGGCCUGCGGCGGCGUCCCUUACGACAUGGCGUCUCAUGUGAGGAUGCAAGCCGAGCAGAUGCAGGGACACAAGGCCACCUCUGUUAUUAUAACCAAUGGGAGCUGA